AUGGCAUUUUUGUCUGUCCGACCCUACUACUGUCAGAACUGGCACCUGAUUCCCAUUGGGCUGAAGACAAACACACCACUCAAUACAGCAGCCCGAUCACCAGGAUCCUGCCCCUCCAUCUUUAUAACGGAAUCUAUCAUGGAACAUGUAGCCAGAGUUGUGAAUUUGGACCCCACUGAGGUCAGGAGGGUCAAUCUCUACCAACAGGGCCAGCUCACCCCAUAUAAGCAGUCCUUACUGUACUGUAACAUCACCAACCUUCUGACCGAGCUGGAGACAAUGGCUGAAGUUACACAAAGGAAAACAAGCAUAGCAGCGUUUAAUCAGAACAACCGUUGGAGAAAGAAAGGACUGUCAGUAGUCCCUUUGAAGUUUGCGCUUGCAUGGGAAGGAGCACACUACAACUGCCUUGUGGACAUCUAUAUGGGUGAUGGCAGUGUCGUCAUUGAUCAUGGCGGCAUCGAGUGUGGUCAGGGUGUCAACACUAAGACAAUCCAAGUCUGUGCCUACAAGCUGGGGAUCCCUGUAGAUAUGAUUAGAGUGGUAGCCAAUAACACUGUCGUCAACGCCAACAGUAUCACCACUGGGGGCAGCAUCACCUCUGAAAUCUGCUGUCUGGGGAUUAUCAAAUGUUGUGACAAACUGCUGGCCAGAAUCGCACCUGUUAGAGCCAAAAUGUCAAACCCAAAGUGGAAAGAUUUGAUUAAACAGUGUGGGCUUGAUGGUAUUGACCUCACCGCCAGAUACCAGACAUCACCAACAGUGCCCAAAGGUGAUGUUAUAAACUACUUCAGUUAUGGAGUGACCUGCUCUGAGGUGGAGCUGGACAUUUUGACUGGACAGUACCAGAUAUCACGGGUGGACCUGCUUUAUGACUGUGGAGAAAGCCUGAACCCUGAGAUAGACAUAGGACAAGUGGAAGGGGCCUUUGUGAUGGGACUGGGGUACUGGCUUACAGAGGAGCUGAAGAAUGACCCUGCAACAGGAGCCCUCCUCACCAACAGUACUUGGGAGUACAAACCUCCCCUUUGCAAGGAUAUCCCAAUAGACUUCAGGGUACACUUACUGAAGAACGCUCCUAACCCAGUAGGGAUUCUCAGGUCAAAAGCGAGCGGCGAGCCUCCGCUCUGUAUGAGCUGUUCAGCCCUGUUUGCCCUCAGGCAUGCAGCAGAAGCUGCAAGAGCAGAAAUUGGACAGAAUACAUUCUUCCCACUCUCUGCACCAGCAACAGUUGAGAAAAUCAAUACAGCAUGUCUUCUGAAGCCUGACCAGAUGAUUCUGACGGCUUAAUUGGCAAAACUUUUACCCAGCUGUGUAACUUCACUAAAUGGACAGUCUUGGCCACAGCGACACAGAAAGGAACAAUUCCUAGAUACUUUUUUAUUAGAAAGUUACAAGAAUGUUGUGUGUUGUAAUAUGAAGCAAUGAUUUUAAUUUGGUGAAAAUUGAAGAACCUGGUGAAGAAUUGUGUAUGGAAGACUGAAUACCUACUUGUGAAGAAAAUGACGCAGAGAAAGACUACGAAAGGAAAAUAUAAUUAAACGGACCUAACUAUAUACACAUAUACUUCUCUUUGAGAUUGACUGAGAUGUGAUGUAUUGUUAAUUAAUUUAGUAAGGUUGUAAGUGUUACCCGAGAUUGACUGAGAUAUGAUGUAUUGUUAAUUAAUUUAGUAAGGUCGUAAGUGUUACCCGAUAUUUACUGCAAUGUGAUGUAUUGUUAAUUAUUUAAGUUUGUAAGGGUUACCCCACACUGUUCGUGGUAGAAAAUAAUAUUGUCUAUAUAACAUUUUUGAGCUUUGUAUCUAAUAGGACCAUGAGAAUUACUGUAAAUGUACUUUUAAUUAUUUGGUUCACUCAUAUUUAGCAUAUUCCCAAUUUUAUCACUUUAGUGCAAUGAUGAACUGGCACGCCAAAAUUAUUUUAUAUAGAAAUAGUUCAGAGAAAGUGCAAAAAGUGCAAUCAUAAUUUAGCAGAAUACUUCCAGCGUGAAAAGCAUUAAAAUAAGAUGACCACUAGAAUAUGUAUGCUUACAGUAACACGGUGUGAACACAGCGGUGUCAUUACCAGGAAAUAUGCAACUGUACAUAUAUGUAAUAAACAAAAUUGAUGCAUAGAUGCUCUGUAAUUAGGGUGAAACUGCUGUAUGAUGUAGUUUUAUAUUGAUUAUACUUCAUCUGUUAAUUAAUCUGUAAUUAUCAGCCUACCCAUCCAUCUGUUUAUUUGGUUGUCUGUCCAUUCUUCACGCAGAUUUAAUUGUUUGUCCAUUCUCCCUGUAGAUUUUGUCCUGUCUUUUCAUAGCUGUCAUUUUUUUCCUCUAAUAUAACGGUUGACACUUUAGGCUGUUUAAUUCAAUCAUUAAGUAUUUUAAUUAAUCUCUUUUUUCUGAUAUGCCUGUGACUUUAUUGUCUUAUUGCUAGUCUAUCUGUCUUCCUCUCAAUCCAGAAAUCACGACUUGUAAUCUACUAUUAGUUUAUAUAGUUUAUAUUAGUCCCACAAACUAGUCAAAUAGAUCACAACCAAGAAGAAAGAACCCUUCAACAUUUCGUGUUGUACAGUGUUGCCACCUGACAUUUUUCGCCUCCAGGUAUAUAUAUAUUAGUUACAAAAAACCUAAAAUGACUUACAUGUAUUGAUCAAAGUAUUUUUUGGUUCUUUUUGUAAUUUUACAUUCCAACCAAAAAGUGGCAGAAAUGAAAGGAAUUUGUAUUUUAAGCAGACAUCAAUACUGGCACUUACCUGUUAUUGCAGCACUUCUAUCUGUACAGUGUUUGUAAGUAACUGCUGGUUACAACCUGUCUCCAGGGACUUGUUAUUGAGAAUUUAGAAGUCUUGAAAUUUAAUGUGAUCACAUACAGUUUUUACCUCCCUGUUCUACAGCAGUUUCAUAUUUAAUCUACUGUUAAACUUUCUCAUGUGAAAAUUUACAUCUGAUGAAUUAAAACUGUUGCACAGUUGAAGAAUUAAAACUACUGCACAGUAUGAACAAAUGUAUAUGAAUAUUAUAUCAUGUGUAAAAUCAGGUCUACAAUGUAUAAAUAAUGAGUUUGACAUGUUGUUGGAUAUACUAAAACAUAGAGACAUAUUUUGAGGUAGACGUACUAGUCCUAUAAUUAUUUCUCUGGUCUCUAUUGUGUAAUAAAUGUAUUCACAAUUCACAGCUGACCUCAUGUCCCCAGUUGGAAACUUGUCAUUUUAAUACAAAAUUCCUCCAUGUUGUGGGGUUUUGCAAAAGUUAGCUCCCUUUAUGAAGAUUUCAUUUACCAUGGAUGUUAUUUACCAUUGAUGUUAAUUUGAAUGGCCCAACAUAUUUGUUGCUUAGAAAAUUUAUAGAAAAAACGUGAAAAUGUCUUUAUAAUUAGCUGCUCUCUGAAAAUUUACUAGACUUUUAAGUUUCAUCUUUUUCAUGGAGGAAAUCUGUAUGUAUAUAAAUAUCUAAAAGUACAAAAAAGUGCUUGACAGAAUAAUGUUGUGACCUUCAAAUAAACGUAGAAAUCUGUCUAUUAUUUGAUAAAAUUUAUUUUGACUGUGUAAAAGCAAAUUUAUAAAUUCAUUCCUGGCAUAUGAAAUUCUGUUGUACAAUUGUGAGUCAUGCUCACAAUGGCGAGACUUAUUCAGAAUAAUUAAUCAUAUAGUACAUGUAUAUGCUUAUAUCAUUAAUUAAUCCUGGUAUGUUUUGUUACUUUAUUACAUGGUAAUAUUUUAUCUGUCCGGUGGUGUUAGUAGUUUAAUAGUUUAAGUUAAUAUUUAAAUGAAUCCUUAUUUUACAGAAGAAACACCAACUUUCCGUAAUGGAUUGGUGCUGUUGAAAAUACUGGUUUGUUUAGUGUUAAAUAUUGCAUUCAAACAUUUAUAAAUCACUGCUACUGAUGUUUGUUUGUGUUUAUCAAUGUGUUCAAACAUGAUGUUUGAAUGUUAAUUUUUGUGUUCAAACAUCUUCGAAAUUACUGAUAGUGAUGUUUGUUGUGUUAAUUGUUGUGUUAAUUGUUGUGUCCAAACAUCUACAAAUUACUGAUAGUGAUGUUUGUAAGUGUAAAUUGUUGUGUCCAAACAUCUACAAAUUAAUGAUAGUGAUGUUUGUAAGGUUUAAUUAUUGUUUUUAAAUAUCUUUAAAUUUUGACAUUUACAAAUUAUGACUUUAAAUUGUAUUCUUUUGAAUUUAUUUUGGUGGUAUAUACAUUAUUAAACAGAAAGAAUUAUAUAUCCUAGUCAUUGUUAUUAUCAAGUCUAAACUAGAGCUAUAGAUAUUUGUUUAUUGUUAUAUUAUAGUUGAUUUAUACUUAUUAUACUGUUGAAAUAUUUGCUAUCCAGGUGAAUUAUACGAGUAGUCAUGAAUAAAUUGAAGAUGAUUAUACAUUAA